UUUUACAUUAUCGAUGAAUUGUUUUACACGAACACAAUAUUUCAAUUUUUUUUAAAUUUCCUAAUUCCUUAAUUUUCUUGGGCAUAAUCAUAAUCACUGGUAGGAUUAUCCAUUAAAGUCUAAUAAAAUAAUUGUUAGUCCCUAUAUUGUAUAUCCUAUAAAACAACAUACAAUUUCCGACCCAGCAAUUUAAAAAAAAAAAGUAAAUUCUUCACCCACAAUAUUUAUGUACAAUAGUUUCAAAUGUUCGCUCGUCUCAUAUAUAUAUAACGCCGAAAAUACGCUGAAAUUUGAUAAUUAAUCAUCGCGCAAAUUAGUCCGAACCACUCGAUCAAUUUCUUUUGUUUCCAAUAACAUGAAAAUAAUAGGCUGCAGAGAAACUUGUUGAUAUAUUUUAUUAAAUUUUCAAUACAAUUAUAAAUAUUUAAUUUAUAAUUUAAACAACUGAAAUCGAAGGUAAAUCGAUAAUAAUGACGCGAACGAGGGAUCGGUCAAAAUAACUGGCUGCACAGAAACUUCUUGAUAUAUUUUAGUAAGUUUUCAAUAGAACUCUAAAUAUGUAAUUUACAAUUUAAGCGAUUAAAAGUUAAGGUCAAUCGAUAACAAUGAUGCGAGUGAAAAACGUGUGACGAUAACAGGUUGCGUAGAACCUGUUUGAACCGGGUAUCGAUCAGUGCGGUUCGUUUCGCUGUUGGUUGAGAGUGCCUGCCGCGCGAGAAAGAAGAUUGAACUUAAUAGACAAAAACUGUGAUAAAUCAUGGAUACGAGUAAGAUAAAGGUUUCCGGGGAUCUGUGCUUGGAGGAUCGAUCGUGGCUGCUCGAGAUACAGUAAGAUGCCGCAGUACGACGACACCUUCCUCGAGUCGCCGAUUUUUCGUCGACGUACGCGUAGCUACGCGGUGCAGAAAGAGUUCGUGCCGAAGUCGAAAAGCUUCAUCACGGCCACACCUUUGCUGCUAGCCGUGACCAAUCAUGCCAGGACUCUUUCCGGUUCCGUAUCGACCUGCAGCUUGAAAGAAGUCGAGGAACGGUCCGGCGGGAAGGCGCGCGGCGGUAAACUAGCGCGUCGUGCGCGCUCCUUCAAGGAGGACUUCCUGGAGAAGCUCUCCCACAUGCGUUCUCCUGGCAGCGGAAGCGGCGGCGGAGGCAGCGGGGCGGCUACACGGGCGGCCUCGCCCUCCUCGCCGCGAACACCCCGUGACAAAAGCGCGCCUGGCUGCACCGAUACCGCAACCACCAUCGACAAGAAUCCCCUACGAGAUCUGCAUAUCCACGUGCGACAGGUGCAGCUGGCACUGCUCCACUUCAGGGACGUCGUGUCGAAGAAGAAGCUCGAGAUGCUGCCAGGAAAUGGCACCAUCGUCCUCGACACCGUCACCACGAUACACACCGUGCUGAAGUCCUAUCUCCUUUCCGAGAACAGCUCCACUCUGGGAUCAGCGACAAAUCAAGUAUACCAGGCCCUGGCGCAAUUAUUAAAGCUUUGCGAUGAUGUGCUGCUACAUGGCGAUCAGUCUUCUGCGUUGGUCACUGAAAACGUCACGCACAUCAUAGGAUUAGUCGAAGAUGCUGUGAAGAAUUUGGUUGCCCUGGCUAACGAGAAAAUAGCAAACAGACAGAAACCUGCAGCCGUCACAACUAGUAAUAGAACGUCGGGUUAUGGGUCGGAAUUGACGCCACAAAGAAAUUCCUUACCCGAUAUUCCGCUAACCCCGAGGGAAAGGCAGAUUUUAGAGCAAACCGCUGCGACUACUAGUCUGGUCCGUAGUUCGCAUAGUUCAGAGUCGAUUUUAAGGGAUUCUAGUCCACCCCCAAAACCACCACUCCCUGAGAGAACCAACGUGUGUCUGUCGGAGGAGAAUAGUUCGUCCGGGACACCGCCGCCUUUGCCACCGAAACGAAGGACACGGGCUCAGCAGCUGCUAGACGAGUCCGAGGGUCUUUUAGCAUCUAGUCUUGAUAGGGUCUCCCUUCGAAGUCGAUCACCAGAGGAUUCGUCGUCUCUUUUAAGCGCGUCGGCUGGCAGUUUGGAUUCGGCUCUGAAUCAUUCUCGCGACGAGGAUGAGAUACGAGCGAUCAUGGGACCAAACGACGAGUCUCUGAACGACAGUAUGGAUCUCAGCCUGAUGGCUACUAUUCAGGGCAUGCAGGUUAAUGGUACUUCGAACUGUGGUUGCUGGGACGGUUCUGAAACAAGUAUACCGAGCACUAUGCUGUUAGGUCAACAAACUCCUCAAGAAAUGCUUAAUCCAUUUACCGGUAUAGAAGGAAAAAUGGAACGUUUAUCUACCCAAACGCAAGAGUCCGGUUUCGUGUCCAUGCAUUCACAAAGAAGUUCAUCCCAAAGUUAUACCGCCUCUAGUGUGACAUCCAAAAGAUCGUCCCAGCAGAGCAGCGUUAGUUACAAUUCCCAGACGUUCAAUUCACAGCAACAAUCGUUUUCCCAUACCAAGUUAUCUUCGGAUAGCAACGGGUCUAUAUUCACUCAGAAGACAAUGACCAGUUCCGAGAGUACUAUUAGCACAACAAAUAUGUCUGGAAGUGGAGAUCCUGGGCUGUUGGAAAAGCUGGAAAUUGAAUCAGUUUCUGCAUCUGACGCUAACGGCAUACCACCAGCGUUGCCCGAAAAACGUUCAAAAAGAAGGAAAGAACGUCAGCCAUCGCAGUACGACAAUGUACCUGAGAACGAACAUUUAUCAACCUGUAGUUUACACACCAGCAAUGGCGAUAGUCCUGAUGCCAGUGAACCUCCUCCACUUCCUCUCAAAAAAAGACACAUGUUCCAAUCAGUGGCAUAUUCUGUCAUGGCAUACAUGGAGAUGUUUGGGAACUGUUCUCAUAGUAACAAUGACUUCAUAUCUGGUCUUGGGACGCGCCAUUCAGUGGCAGCUUAUAAUUCAAUGCAAGCAGAAUGGCAACAACACGAGAUGGCCCUUACCACAACACAGUCAUGUUCUUUCAUGGCGCAUACUAUGACCACGUUGCACGAUAACUCAAAUACCUCCAUAACAAUGACACCGCCGGUAACCGAAGUAACAAACAAUUCUAGUCUCCCUCCAGCAUUGCCACCAAAGAGAUCCCGUUCCAUUAAAUCAAAUGCAACACCUCCUCCAAUUUCACCAAAACCUACCAUCAGCAUGCAAAGUAUACACAUAAUGGAUCCAAUUGUGACGUCAACUCCAGUGAAAGCAGAAGAAGCUAUCUGUGUUCACGAGAAGAAGGAUCUCACACCUUCGACACCCACGAAGCUGAACAACAUUACCUUAGAUACGAUAUUGCCACCUUCGAGACCCGCGAGUAAUGCACUGUCAUCGAUAUCAGUCGAUGAAAAUACUCUCGAAUUAAGAGACGUUGAGCAAGAUGACAGCAUUUUGGAUGAACUGGACAUCAGCAAGCACUUAGUCUUUAAAAAGCCUGACGAAGAAGGACCAGACAUACGGGGAGGGCAUCCAGAUGCGUUGUUAAUUCAUGCAACUAAAGCUAAUAAACACGAUGAAAAAGAGUCAGACUUUUUGUAUCAGGAAGCAUUCUUGACAACAUACAGGACUUUUAUGCAGCCGCUUGAAUUAAUUCAAAAAUUACAUAGACGUCAUCAACGAUUUUCUUGCUCCGCUGACAUCGUUAAGCAACGGGCAGCGCGGGAAGCGUUUUCCUUAUUAGUUAGAGUUGUUAGCGAUUUAACCAUGUCUGAUCUCGAUGAUACCCUCCUCCAAACCUUGAUGGAAUUCGUGCAACAGUUAGUAUGUAGUGGUGACCUUACCAUGGCAAAAGCUCUACGCGUGAAAAUUUUGGAGAAACACCAAGCAAAACAGUUACAGGCGACGCAACCAAUUCUUUCUUCCCUGAGCGUAACAACGAAGCAAGCUUCUCUCCUCGACUUCAAGAGUGAACAAAUAGCCGAGCAAAUGACACUAUUAGACGCGGAUUUGUUCAUGAAAAUCGAGAUACCGGAAGUGUUGAUCUGGGCCCAAGAACAAAAUGAAGAACGAAGUCCAAAUCUAACCAGGUUCACGGAACAUUUUAACAAAAUGUCAUACUGGGCCAGAUCGAGGAUAUUGGAGCAUAGAUUAGAAAAUGAAGCGAAAGACAGAGAGAAAUACGUGGUUAAAUUUAUUAAAAUAAUGAAACACCUUAGAAAAAUAAAUAAUUUUAAUAGCUAUUUAGCGUUGCUGUCUGCACUGGAUAGCGCGCCUAUUAGAAGGCUCGAGUGGCAGAAACAUAUUACAGAAGGCUUGAAGGAAUACUGUGCUCUUAUCGAUAGUUCCAGCAGUUUCAGGGCUUACAGACAAGCUCUAGCUGAAACGCAGCCGCCGUGUAUUCCAUAUAUCGGACUCGUGUUACAAGAUCUUACGUUCGUGCAUAUUGGAAACAGUGAUCUAUUACCGGAUGGCACUAUAAAUUUUUCAAAGAGAUGGCAGCAGUUUAAUAUCGUUGAAAAUAUGAAGAGGUUCAAAAAAGGGACGUAUUCGUUCAAGAAGCACGAACGUAUAAUAACGUUCUUCAAUAAUUUCAGCGAUUUCCUCUGUGAGGAGGCAAUGUGGCAAAUUUCGGAAAGCAUCAAACCACGUGGUGGUAAAAAAACACAGUCGCAGAACUAGAAUAUAUCUAACCCUUUCACUGCCUGUGUCUCAAAAUCGAAAGGCUGAACCAGUAAAUUAGAAUGUUUAUAUUUAUGGUAUUUAGGUAAAUGCUUAAUUAUGAAUCAAACGAAACCUUAUAGCACCUCGAGGGCGGUGAAAGGGUUAGCAAGAUCUAUACCGUUUCAACAGCCUCUGUGAGGUUGUAUUUUACUUUAUGGAAAUCUUCCUGAUACAAUCCGUAUUCAUGAAGGGAAAUGUAAAACACAAAUCACGCGUUUAAAUUAAAUUGGAAUUUUUAUGUAUUCGUUUUAUUUAAUAUAAUUGUGUAUACGGAAUAUCGAUUGAAUCGAAACGUUAAAGUUGUAAACGUUAGGGAGACUUUAAGUGAAUUAGCUAGCUCGAUAAUAUCUCGAUGCAUUUUUGUAGUGUUUUAUCCUUUUGCCAUAAGACAGUAUGGAGAAAUCGUAUUUGCUAUGGACCUAUGCAACAUAUAUUUAAAGGAUGCAGCUGUAACGAUGCUUACUGUAGCAUAAGGGGAAAAGUACCCUCACUUUUAACUAAUCUAUAUCUAUGUCUAUAUAAAAAUUAUUUAUUUAUUUGCCUUUAAUCAGCGAAAUGUAAAAAGUAGUAGGUGUUCUUCUUUUUUUAACUUAUUUAGAUAUAUACAUAUAAUAUGAUAUAUACAUAUACAUAGAUAUAUACAUAUAUAUAUGUAUACGUCCAUUAUAUAGCUUUAUCGUAGAUAGAAAAACUUUUCAACCGUCAACAGUGAACUGUUGACUGCGCAAGGAAGAAACACCAAUUACGUUAAUUAUUGUAGAGCCAUCGUAGUUUCAGAUCAGCGCCUCGAUGGUGCUUUUCCGAACACAUGGCACGACUGAGCGUAACUGUUACAUAUACUAUUGUAUAUGAUUAUAGAGAACACUUUUUGUUGGGAACUUGUUAAUAGGUAUCCAAGCUUUCAGCUUUAAGUCGAAUGGUUAUCCAGAAAUAUGGGUAAAUUAAAUGUGACACCACGAUCGUAACGAAAGAAUUGAAUUGAAAAACCUUAACAUCACCUUUGUAUUUUACCGUGAUAUUAAACACCUUCGAUGGCUUUUGCUACCAGAGUUACGUACGUUUAGUUUUCAAUGGUGAAAGUGAGAAUUUUCCUUUCUUUCACGAUACAUUCCGAUAAAGUGAAAGAAUCUGAUCAAAUUAAUUUUAUUAAGAAAAAAAAAAACACACACACUUAUCCCAUUUUUUACUCUUCGUUAAAUGUAUUAGAGCGUGAUAGAGUGCAUCAAGUUUUAAUCUUCUAAGGUGAAUCACACCGCCUGGCUGUCUGUGUGUGCCUCGUAUUAGACAAUGAAUGAAUAUCUAGACUUAAUGUUCUUCUAGUUGUUUCAAGCAUUAACUCGAUUUAUUUAACUUUUUUAAUUCUUACUAAAGGUAAAAUGUCAAAUGAACAGAUUUAUUUAUGCACAAUUUAAAUACACACGUGACACGAAAAUGUGGCAUUUUAUGCGCAAUGCUAAAAUUGAAUGAAGAAUUGUUAAUUUCACUUAGUUGUUUGUCAUUAUUACAAACAAACAUAUCUUAGCUUUAUUAUUAACACGAUGCGUAAAUACGUGAAAACACAUAAUUGAUACUUUCAUGUAUGUACCUCAAAACAAAUUUAUAAAUGGUUGAACUUAUCCUUAGAAAUGUCAUGUUAAAUGUUUCGCGAAUUGAAAAAAUAUCUUUCCUUAGCUUUUGCAACUAUCACAUGCGUUUCUCAAAAGCCAGUCAACUGUCUUUGAAUAUUACAAAUUUAAUUUCUUAUAUUUUUUACAUCCAAAAAGUAAUUUAUAUCUUUCUCCGUAAUUCUUGUAUAAAAUAUUAUAAAAAAAUAAAAUACCAAUGUGUUCAUAAUAUAUCACUGAAACAGACGAAAAUAAUUGGAAACUGUUUUGACGAAUAAACAAGUUAAAUAAGUCAAGAGGUUACCAUGAACUAUUAGAGGAACAUUACGUUUAUUUUUUCUCACAUGAAAAAAUUGAAUUUAUUCUGAAUGAAUAUCCGCUUAUUAACGUUUCUCCGGGCUCACGUUUUAAUACUAAAUGUCUUAUAUACAACACUCGUCGGCAAAGCUAUGAUAAUCGGGCUUAAGAGAUUAAAAAAAAGAAAAAGAAAAAAAAACUGUCAUCUGCAUGUUAACGCGUUUUACGUACGAUCGUAAUAGUCGUACCCACUUAUUAUUCACGUUAAAAAGGCCUAAGCAGUUGAUAGUUGGUGUCGGUCUAUAAGCAUAAACGGUUAAUUAAAUCUUACAAAUACUUAAACACCGCAAACAAAGACAAAAAGAACAAGAUAUAUUACUCUCGAAGUGUAGCUAGAAAGUUUGCUAUUAUAUAUAAAUCCGAUAAAACAGUUGUCAAUUUCAUGACGUGCACCAAGUAUACAUACGUAACGUAGCUUUCAAUAUUAAAAUCACAGGAGUGACGAACGUUGAAACUGUUGUGUGAAUAGACACGCACUCUGUUAAUCUCAGCCAUAAUCAAUGGAAAAAAAAAGGGGGGGAAAAAUCAGUCUUAGCUACAAAUUUUUUAACGAAGAAUAUUGCUGGUGCCGAUGAUACACGAAAGAGUAUAAAUGCGACGAUACCCAAUUUGGAUUUGUUUCGGACGAGAAUCUAUACGUAUGAGUGUGUGCUAGUACGCGUGAUAAGAACACAAUUCAGUUGGAAUAGUUGCUACAUAUAAAUGAUUCGUCUAAUCUAAGGCUAAGAGGAACUUUAUUAACGUUGUAAAUAGUUUGACUGUAUUCAUAAUUUCUUGUAUGUACGCGAGUGUCUUCUAUUACUCGUAAUUGUAUAUAUACAGUAUAGUAUCUCUGCAUUAACUUUACACAUAACGUAUUAAGCUUAUACAUUGUUGAGUUCGUUCAAAUUAUUGUGAUGCCAUGUUACGUUCUCACGUUGUAGACAACAAUCCAUUGUAUAGGGAUUCCCAAAAUUGUACAACCAACAAAUACGCGCAACUACCUCGUAACAAAGGAAAUCGAAAAGUCUGUUAUCGUUUUCCAAUCUGAGGCUUUAUUUUCGAGAUGUAAGUCAAUUUGUAUGAUUAAUCUUCCACUACAAUGACGCAUCAAAUAUAUUGGAGAUUUCUGGGAUAUUUACUGUCAACAGUGCAUUGUAGAUAAACGUGUAUCUAGUAUCUACCUAUACAUGUAAAUGUAUAGUAUUUAAAUAACCUUACUUAUUCGUAUUUUAAACGCAAAGCCUGAGAUUGCAAAUAUUAAAAAUAUUUUCGACUUCUUUUGCUGUGAGCUAUUUGCGUGUUUUGCUUCAUACGUAAUUUUGGGGGCAACUUCUUUAUUACGUUCAAUUUUGUUGUUUUUGUUUUUUGUAUUUUUCUUUAAUACAAUCAUCGUCAUUUUUUUCUGGAAUUUAAUGCAUCUUUUCUUUCGUAUCGCACUGUCAACAUCCUACAUGAUUCCUGACAUGAAUACAUUUAUAUUUUUAAUUAUGUCACCGCUUUUAAAAUUUCUGUUAAUAGUUCCUGUCAAAGUGGUUCCCUCGAAAGUCUGUUUAAAUGUAAUGCAAUUGAAUUAAUCACCAUUGCAUCUAUUUUCUAUCGAUUCUUUCGUGACAUAUUAUUAACAAAAUUUUCGUGUAUAUUAUAAGUAAAUGUGUAAGUAUUCAUCUUUAAGGUAACGCUAAUGCUAACAAAACAUGAGUGAGAUAAAACAGUGAAUAUGCAACGAAAUCUUAGACUCGGUCAGUCUAUUAGAUAAAAAAACGUUAAGUUAUUUCGCAAUAGGCGAACAAAUUAUGAUGAAAGUGAAUUGAUUUUCAUAAUUAGAUUGAUAAUAAGAUAUUUUUGAGGCUUUUUUCUUCAAAAUUCUUGUUAGAACAUUAGAUACAUACAUAUGUAAUUAGAUCUACAUCAGAGGAGUUUGAGUAAUAUUCUUUACAUUUUGUAUACUGAAAUAUUUUGUUAAAUCAAUGUUAUCAUCCUAACCAAAGCAAAUACAUAAUUGUUACUAAACAGAUUUCAAUCUCAUACAUAUUUCGAACAGUUUAAAAGACAUACUAAAUAUAUUAUCUACAUCUCAUUGGUAACUUUGUUAUAUUAUAAUAUCUUAAACUUGAACAUAGUCUCAAGAAAGUGUUCCUUAAAUUUCUUACACCCAAACUAAUACUCGAGAUCUAAUUCUCUAUGAAUACACAUGGAAGCCUGUGGAAAAAUUAUAAACUGCUUUAUAAAUCUGCAGAUAAUGAACAAAUUAGACUUUGAAUGUCAUAAGUUGUACUUGCAAUUUCAAAUGUGUAUGGUAUAGGUACAUUAGUUAUUUAAUUUUUCUUAGUCUUGCAGAUAAUAUGAAAAAAUUGCUCUUAAUGAAAUCACUUAUAUCUAAUAGUUUAAUACUGUCUUAUACUUUAAAUGUACCAAAUAAUGUAUUCAAUAAUACAUUCACUUGUAUUAUAAAGAUUUAAUUAAUCUGCUGAAUAUAUAUACAUCUUCUACUUCAUAUCAAUACACAAGGGCUUCACUUGAUCAAAGUAACCUGUAACGAAUCUAAUUUUCUGUGAUUAAUCGCUUAAUCGUGCUAUCAAAUGUAUCUUAUUAUCAAUUAUCUAAUUUAUUUUAAAUUGAUAGAUUAAUCUUCGCGACUGCAUCCUUUCAACACUGAUUAGCCAAGCAUAGCCUAGCAUAGGCACAAAUGUAAAACAGUGUUUCUUCAAUUGUCUGCUGAACGUAGAAACUACCAUAGCUUUUGAAGCAAUAGUCUAUGAACAAAUAUGAAUUCCAAAGCUAGCUCUGUUGAACUUACUCUUACAAGGAUUCCGAUGUCGCGAAACAUCACGAAUGCUAUAUUUCAUACAUCAGUACUUCCAUGGCGAGGGGUAUUUGCACUUUUAACGUACAUUGUAUAUAUAUGUAUAUGCGAAGUUAACGAUCGAACAAAUCAUUGAUCUCUUAUUGUAUAUUUUCGAAAUGAAAGAAAGAAGUUUCAAAGCAGACAGGCUAAAAAUCAAAAGCAACAGACAUUUCACGCUUGAAAUUUAUGCAGAAUUGUAUGUCAAAUAACUCUCGCCGAACUUGAACUUAACGAUGUUCUGAGUGUAUCGUUGUAACAAGGAAACAAUAAGUAAUAUUCUUAGCGAAUAUCGAUAAGCAUCAAAAUAAGUAAUAAUUACAAUUAAUGUGUUACCGACCUCUUAUCGAAAAACAAAUAUAUGUGUAACUUAAUAGAUACGAUGGUAAGUAUUAGAAAGUACCGAUAACCAAACAAAAAAAAAAAAUAAACAGCGGUGAUUAUGGAUGCUCUGACGGACAUACGAUGAAAAUGAUUCCACCAGAGGGUUAAUAGUCACCAUAGCAAAAGCGACAUAUCCACAAAGCUCGAUAUUACUGUUUAGAAAAGGGUAAACCGAACAAAUUAACCGAGAAUGAAGUCACGAAUGUAACAGUUGGUUUGAGGUGAUGACUAUUUACAUUUAAAUUGUUUUUCCAACGAUGAUGUAAUUUGUUUGUUUGUUCAGCAGCAUACGAUACCGAUAAUUAUGAUAAUGUGGUUUUUAUUCAGGAAAGAUGCAAAUUUAUAUAGAAGAAGAACAGUGUACGACUGCACGCCGAAAUAAAUUUAUCAACGUUAUGCUAAUUGCGACGUAUAGAUAGAUUAUCAUUAUACUGUAUAAUAAGUACACACUUAACUAAAAUCCGCAAAUGAUCAUUCGUUUGGAAGAUGAUUUGUGGCCGACGGAAGUCUGCAUAAAUUUCUAUUUUUUUGAAAUAACUAAUAGUUUUUCAUAUAAUUAUAAUUUUUGAUAUUCAAUUUGGAAUUCGUUCAAUUGUAAAAUCGAAACACGAAUUGAAAAGCAAAUGAAAAAAUAAGUUUUUUGAAAAACAUCAAAUGUAUCUAUUUUUCGAUUAAUUAUUUUUAAUAUUCGUUAGUUAUUCGAAUUUUGUCAUUUUCAAUUCGCAAAAAAAAAAAGAACAUUUAUAAACGGCACGUCAAAUGAAAUGAAAUAAAUAAUAAGAAGAGAUUGAACAAUGCUAAAAAUUGAGAAAUCUAUUUAUUUCUCCAUAGACAAAGGAGAAUCAAAUAUUGAAAAUUUACAUUU